AUUGCUUUGUCAUAAAAAAAAACCGAGGUUGAGUUAUCUUUAGAGUUUAGUAAAAUAUUUUGAAAUAAUAAUUUAAUUGUAAAUUGGAUUUUAAUGAUAAAAAUAUAUUUCUUUAAAUUAUGUGCAGAUUUAAAAAUUAGAUUUCAUAUGUAAUGGUGGAAGGAAAAUUAUAAUCUAUAGUGAAAAAGGUAGCGCAAAGUAUCUGUCUUCAAUUUUGCUCUACAUGGAUCGAAAUCAGCAUCGAAUUUUUGAUUGUAAAUUAAUUUAAUAUUAGUUAAACAUAUGCAAACUUACCAAAAAAAUGAAUGCCCGAUCUCAAAUUUUCGAUCUUACUGUCGAUAGAUCAGGAAGGCAACUGGAUGAAGCAGUAGCUAGCAUAUUCCAUACCGUUCUUUUUCAUAGAUGUCUUGGGAAAUUUAUGUAUACUGGUGAUAUUACAUAUUCAAUUGGAACAGUCGGCUAUACAGAUAUUGAUUGUGAUUUUAUAGAUUUCACGUAUGUAUGCUGUUCAUCUGAAACCUUAAAUCGUACAGUUAAAAAAGCCAUAAAUGUGUUCAGUGAAAAACUUCGAAGCAAUGACAGCUCAGGCUCUGGCCAGAUUAGCUUAGAAUUUUUUCAAAAGAAAAAAAGUCGCUGGCCGUUUCAAGCGGAAAAUAUUUCUUGGGAAGUAUGGACUGUGCGGCUAGAUUUAAUAAAAUAUGAAAAUGAAGAUGAUAAACAAAAAUGUCGGGAAACUGUUAGCGAUUUAUUAACAGAAAAAAUUAUAUAUAUUACAGAAAUAAUGAAUAGACAUGAAUAUGUUCCAAAAAUGCCGAGUCAAAAUGAACUUGAUUUAAUAUUUGAUACAUCUUUUCCAGAUGUUCAACCUUAUUUGUUUAAAUUCGAUUACAUAAUAUCAGGUACAACUGUCCCAUCGGUUGGUAAUACAAUGAAAAAGAUUAUUAAAGAAACACUUUCAUUGUGAUAGAUUUUUAUAUUACUCUUAAUAAUAAGAAUUUUGUAAAACUCAAUUUAUUUUGAAAAUAAGUAGAAAUAGAAUUAAUAAUAUUAACUUGGAAUAAAAACUAGAGCACAACCACUAUUCUGCAAUUUAAAUUAAAUUAAAACUACACAAAUUUGAUUUUUUUUAAAGAACAAAAAACAUAUUUUUUAAUUUCGUUUAACAUUUUUUUAAUUAUUAACAUUUUACAUAUAUAAAAUUAAAUAUGAGAAAUAAAGCCUCAUAUUUUGAUUUUUUGUGACAGAGUAUGUUAUAGAAAUUGUAAGAACAAAUUGACAUAGUUUUAUUUUUAAAAAUUUAGUGUAUUUCAAGUAGAUAGAACUUCAAAUUCUUAUAAGUUUGCCAUAAAGUUGAGUAAUUUUUAAACAGGACUGAAAUAACGCAUUGUGUUAUUUCUAUCUCAUUUUCAAUUUUAUUUUGAAUCCGCGAAAAAUACGGUAAUUAAACAAGAAUAAAAUGUACCUACCAAAAAAUAAUACGUUUAAUUUUAAGCUAAAAAUGUAAAAAAAUAAUAUAUAACUCCAAGUUAUCAUUGUUAUGAUUUUUGAUGUAAUUCUUGCUGAAAGCUAUGUAAAAUAAUAAUGGAUGAUUGUAAGAUGACUAUUGAUUACAUGAAAUAAAUAUAAAAUUAUAAAAUAUAAUUUACCACAUUUAAAUUUAUAACUCAUGUUUUGCAAUAUUUCAUGAAUAUUUUAUAUUAUUUCUAAAUUGUCAAAAGCUGAUUGCAAUUCGAGGUAAAUUUAAAUUACUUUCAAGAAAUGCAUGUUAACAAAAAAUAAUACUUGUAACAGACGUUUAGGCUUAAUAUAGUUUAAUUGCAACUACUAAUAUUUUAUUCGUAAUUUUUUAUAGGAUAAGAAACUUUGUAUAAAAAUUAAAUGUGUAUUAAAAAUAAGAAAAUUCUUUUAAAAGAAUAAAUGUGAUCAAAGAAAACAAAAAUGAUAAAAAAUACAAAUA